AUGUUAAGAUUGCUUGGUGUCCGCUUAAGACCCAAAUUGGACAUUGGUUCAAGUAAAAGGUUCCUUUCCAAUUCAAAAGUUGUUGAUUCUGUUGAAAAGGCAUUAGAGGGAAUAAAAUCUAAUAUCAUAUUGUUGUCAGGCGGGUUUGGAUUAUGUGGCUUACCAGAAACAUUGAUUGAAGGUUUGUUGAGCAAAAAAGAUGUCCAAAAUAUAACAGCUGUCUCUAAUAAUGCAGGGAUAGAUGGAAGAGGAUUAAGCAAGCUCCUUGAAUCGGGUCAAAUAACUAAGAUGUUUAGUUCUUACAUUGGGAAUAACAAAACUUUCGAGAAAAUGUAUUUGAGUGGAAAGAUUAGCUUAGAGUUAUGUCCUCAAGGAAAUUUGGCUGAAAGGUGUAGAGCGGGGGGUUCAGGUAUUCCUGCAUUUUACACUGCGACUGGUGUUGGGACGUGGUUAGAGGAGGGUAAACUACCACUAAAAUAUGACGACAAGGGCAAUGUCCUCGAGACCACAAAACCCCGAGAAGCUAGGAUUUUCAACGGUAAAAAAUACUUACUUGAAGAAGCUAUCAUUGGCGAUGUUGCUUUUGUAAAAGCAUAUAAAGCCGAUCAUCUAGGCAAUUGUUGGUUUCGGGGGUCUGCAAGAAAUUUCAAUUCUGUUUUCGCUAGAGCUGGUAAAUUAACAAUCGUUGAAGCUGAAGAAAUAGUCCAACCAGGGGAAAUUAAACCUGAAGAUGUGCAUUUACCAGGAAUUUAUGUUGAUAAAGUCAUUAAAUCGACUUCACCAAAAGACAUUGAAAUAUUGACUGUUCGCAAAGGAGAAUCAGAAAAGAGCACUCAGUUAUCUGAGGCUGACCAAAGGAGGAUUCGAAUUGUUAAAAGGGCUGCUCAAGAAUUUGAAAAUGGAAGCUUCGUAAACCUCGGCAUAGGUAUGCCUACAUUAGCACCUGGAUAUGUGUCUGAAGAAGUUGAUGUUUGCUUGCAAUCAGAAAAUGGCCUUUUAGGUUUAGGCGAUUAUCCUGAACCAGGUAAAGAAGACGCUGAUUUCAUAAAUGCAGGAAAGGAAACUGUAACAUUGAAGGAUGGGGGAAGUCUUUUUGGCUCUGAAGAAUCAUUUGCGAUGAUAAGAUCGGGAAAAAUCAAUUUGACAAUUUUGGGUGGCUUUCAAGUAUCUCAAUAUGGAGAUCUAGCUAAUUGGGGCCUACCUGGAAGAAUUAAAGGAAUGGGUGGUGCCAUGGACUUGGUAUCCAACCCAUCGAAAACUAAAGUUGUUGUAUUGAUGGAACAUGUGGAUAAAAAGCAGAGACCAAAAAUCCUUACAGAAUGUAGCUUCCCAUUGACUGGAGCUAGAUGUGUCUCAAAAAUUAUCACAGAUCUAGCUGUUUUUGAAGUUGACCCUAAAAAGGGGUUGACACUAACAGAAAUUAGUAAAGAUACAACAUUGGCCGAUCUAAGACUUUUAACAGCCGCUGACUUCGAAAUUGCAACUGAUCUUAAAGAAAUAGAAUUGUAA